CAACACUGAAGCUCAUGAAACGUCUCGCGUGACGUGGAGUGUUGAUCGUGUCCGGAAGUGUCGUGGCUCUAUGAACAGCUUGGAUGUUUUAUGCUCUAUCAUUGUGAACUUUAGCGUUUAUUGUAGCCUUUUCAAUUUAAAAUGCCCCUCUCUCCCUUUUAAAUGAGGGCUCGGUGUGUUUAUUUGAUACACAAUGAACAAAAAUCGCGUGACGCUUCCAGAAAGUUUAGAGAAUGUUCUAUCUGGCAUGCCAGCGAGCUAACUAGUUGGCUAACAAGCUAAACAGGCUGCCAGCUUAACAUACGUAUUUAUUGGAGUACAAUUUUAGCUAAAUGGGUAUGAACAAGAAACAGGGAAGACUUAUAUGCUUGAGCGACUUUCGGGUGCGGCCUAAUGUCACUAUUCUGACCACAGUGAUGUAGAGCGCAUCAGAAACAUACUACUAUUAAGGUUUGCUUUUGGGCUUAAAAAUGGAGGAGAAAUACAGUAGCAACGUUCUGUCAGGAGGGAGGCUGGGAAUGGUCGAGGUCCCAGAUUCCAGGUUGACCAGGUACAUUAUUUUACUCGUCAUCUCGAAGGUCCUUAAGGCUUUAGGGAUCUUUGAGUCCUACGACAUCCUCAAAGUUGUUCACGUUGUUCACUUUAUCUUCAUACUAAAAUUAGGGAGUGCUUUUAUUCUCCUUUUCUUUCAAAAACCUUUCUCAUCUGGAAAAGCCAUCUCAAAAAGACAGUGGAUUAAAUUAAUAAAGCACGCUGUUUUUGGCUGUGUCAUAUCCCUACUUGGCUUCUUUGGUCUUACUCUCUGUGGACCUUUAAGGACACUUUUACUUUUUGAGCACAGUGACGUUGUGGUGAUCGCACUCCUUGGUGUCCUUUUCACAAACUCAGGAGGGGGACCAUCCAAGACCAGAGGGGCUGCAUUUUUCAUCAUCGCAGUCAUCUGCCUCUUUUUGUUCGACAACGACGAUCUCAUGGCUAAGAUGGCCGACCACCCUGAGGGACAUCACGACAGUGCGCUCACUCAUUUCCUCUACACUGCUAUAUCCCUUUUAGGGGUGGCCGAUCACAAAGGUGGUGUCCUGUUGCUGGUGGUCUCGCUGUGUUUGAAAGUAGGCUUCCAUACGGCUUCCCGGAAAUUAUCUGUGGAAAUCGGCGGCGCCAAACGCCUUUAUGCCCUGGACAACCUGGUUUCUUCUGUGGUGCUGCUUCCCUGGGUCAUAGUGCUGUCAACAACCACAGACAGCAAAGUGGAAUCAAGUUCAUCUCUCAUCCUGCCCUUUUUGAUGGUCAUCUUUUCCGUCAUGAUCCUGGAGUUUUACGUCGAGGCCAUCUGCAGCGCAAAGAUGGAGACGCCCCGCUGCGCCCGCUACGGCACCGUCGCCCUCUUCAUCAGCGCGCUUCUGCUGGCCAACUUCUGGACCCACCCGCUGACCGACCAGCUCCGCUCCAUGAGCAAGCCCCCCCAGCAGGUCAGCACAGAGCACGUGCUCUCUGGGGGAGUGAUAGUCAGCGCCGUCUUCUUCAUCAUGUCGUCCAGCAUCCUCUCAUCCCCUUCAAAGAAAGGUCAGAAGGGAACCUUGGUGGGUUACUCUCCUGAAGGGACUCCUCUGUACAAUUUCAUGGGCGACGCCCUGCAGCACACCUCCCAGUCUGUGCCGCGAUUCAUCAAAGAUUGCCUGAAACAGAUCCUGGAGGAGUACGACUCCAGGCAGAUCUUCUAUUUCCUGUGUCUUAACCUGGCUUUCACCUUUGUGGAGCUGUUUUAUGGUGUUUGGACCAACAGUCUGGGACUUAUCUCUGAUGGGUUCCACAUGCUGUUUGACUGCUCUGCUUUAGUCCUGGGUCUAUUUGCUGCCCUCAUGACCCGCUGGAAAGCCACCAGGAUCUUCUCUUACGGGUACGGUCGAGUCGAAAUACUCUCUGGAUUCAUCAACGGCCUGUUUCUGAUGGUCAUCGCUUUCUUUGUGUUCAUGGAGUCAGUCACCCGCCUCUUGGAUCCUCCCAACAUAAACACUGACAUGCUGACACCUGUGUCCGUCGGAGGCCUGCUGGUCAACCUGGUGGGCAUCUGCGCUUUCAGCCACGCUCACUCUCACGGCGGCAAAAGCUGUUCGUCGCACGACCACGGCCACUCCCACAGCGACCACGGCCACGGCGGCCACGGCCACUCUCACGGAGGUCACGGGCACUCUCACGGAGGCCACGGCCACUCCCACGGCAGCUCAGGGAGCCGAGGCAUGAACGCCAACAUGAGAGGUGUAUUCCUUCACGUCCUGGCAGACACUCUGGGCAGCGUGGGUGUGAUAAUCUCCACCAUCCUCAUCCGUCAGUUCGGUUGGCUGAUCGCCGACCCUAUAUGUUCGCUCUUCAUCGCCACGCUCAUUUUCCUGAGUGUCAUCCCCCUGCUUAAGGACGCCUGUGAGGUUCUCCUUCUUCGAACCCCCCCAGAACUGGAGAAGGACCUGAACGGCGCGCUGGAAAAGGUUGAGAAGAUUGAGGGAGUUUUGUCCUACAGAGACCCUCAUUUCUGGAGGCAUUCAGCCAGUGUGAUUGCUGGGACCAUCCACCUCCAGGUUAUGUCAGAUGUGGUGGAGCAGAGGAUCAUACAGCAGGUGACGGCUAUUUUGAAAGACGCUGGGGUGAAUAAUCUGUCGAUCCAAGUGGAGAAGGAGGCAUACUUCCAACACAUGUCUGGACUCAGCACCGGAUUUCACGAAGUUCUGGCAAUGACACAGCAGAUGGAGUCCAUGAAGUACCUGAAUGACGGGACAUGCAUCUUGUAGUGUCCAUGUUGAGGGACCAAAUGACACUUUUCUGAUUUAACCAUUGACUCUGUUUUUUCAUGGAAAUGUACAGUGUAUGUUUUAAAUAAAUCUGAAUAUAUUGGUUUUGCUUUCUCUUCUGUCUGCACUUUUUU